AUGUGCUUCACCGGAGGAGACGGGCUUCUGUGGAGGAUGCUGCGGCAAGUGGUCCACAGAGGGCUGAAGGCGUCGUUCUACUGGCUGGGCUUAUUCGUUAGCAGGCACCCCGUGUUCUUCCUCACCGUGCCCGCCGUCCUCACCAUCAUCUUCGGAUCCACGGUGCUCAGCCGCUUCGGCCCGGAGACGGACCUGGAGGUUCUGGUGGCUCCGACCCACAGCCUGGCCAAGAUCGAGCGCAGCCUGGCCAACAGCCUGUUCCCCAUCGACCAGUCCAAGCACAAGCUGUACUCCGAUCUGCACACGCCGGGCAGAUACGGCAGGCUCAUCCUGCUCGCAAGGUCCGGGGGGAACAUCCUGGAGCUCGCAGACCAGGUCCUGCGGGUCCACAAGCAGGUGCUGGACCUGCGCGUCAAUUACAAAGGCUUCAAUUACACCUUCGCACACCUCUGCGUGCUGAGGCACCGGGACAAGCGCUGCCUGCUGGACGACAUCGUCUCCAUCUUCGAGGACAUCGGGCAGGCGGUGCUCUCCAACAGCAGCUUCCAGAAGGUGCCGGUGAGCUACCCGAACACGACGCUGAAGGAUGGGCGUGUGUCCUUCAUCGGCCACCAGCUGGGAGGAGUGUCCUUCUCGCCCAACAGCCGCGACCAGCAGGUCAAGUUUGCCCGCGCCGUCCAGAUCACCUACUACCUCCGCAACCACGGACCCGUGGUGCAGGAUGCCAUCGCCGAGCGCUGGGAGAACGAGUUCUGCGCACUGGUCAACCGGUUGUCCACGGCCGAGGCGCCCCACGCGCCCGACCAGCUCCACAUCCAGUCGCUCACCUCCUUCAGCCUUUGGCGGGACUUCCACCAGACGGGUGUGCUGGCCAAGGGGGAGGUGCUGGUCAGCCUGGUGCUGGUGCUCCUGGCCGCCACCAUCUCCAGCUCCAUGCGGGACUGCCUAAGGGGGAAGCCGUUCCUGGGCCUGCUUGGCGUGCUGACCAUAUGUAUCGCCAACGUGACGGCCGCAGGGAUCUUCUUUAUAUCGGACGGGAAGUUCAAUUCCACUCUGCUGGGGAUCCCAUUCUUUGCCAUGGGCCAUGGAACCAAAGGGGUGUUCGAGCUGCUGGCAGGCUGGAGGAGAACGAGGGAAAACCUGCCCUUCAAGGAGCGUGUGGCAGACGCUUUUGCUGAUGUGAUGGUGUGCUACACCAUGACCAGCUCCCUCUACAUCAUCACCUUUGGCAUGGGAGCUAGCCCUUUCACCAACAUUGAGUCGGUGAAAAUUUUCUGCCAGAGCAUGUGCGUUGCCAUCCUCGUCAACUACUUCUACGUUUUCUCUUUCUACGGCUCCUGCCUGGUGUUUGCCGGACAGCUGGAGCAAAACCGCUACCACAGUGUUUUCUGUUGUAAAAUCCCAUCAGUGGAGUACCUGGACCGCCAGCCCACAUGGUUCAAAACCAUGAUGAGUGAUGGCCAUGACUUGUCCACACACCACGACAGCGUCCCCUACCAGAAUCACUUCAUCCAGCACUUCCUGCGUGAGCACUACACAGAAUGGAUUACCAACACCUAUGUCAAGCCCUUUGUGGUCAUUCUUUAUCUCAUCUACGCCUCUUUUUCAUUCAUGGGAUGUUUACAGAUCAGUGAUGGAUCAAAUAUAGUGAACCUGCUAGCUAGUAACUCUCCGAGUGUUUCGUACGCUCUGACCCAGCAGAAAUACUUCAGUAACUACAGUCCCGUGAUUGGGUUCUAUAUUUAUGAGCCCAUCGAGUACUGGAACUCCACGGUGCAGGAGCACCUGAAGACCCUGAGCCAUGGCUUCAACAAGAUCUCUUGGAUGGACAACUUUUUCCACUACCUGCGGGUGGUGAACGUGAGCGCGUCGACCAAGAGUGACUUCAUCACCAUCCUCAAGGGCUCCUUCCUUCGCAGCCCGGAGUACCAGCACUUCACUGAGGACAUCAUAUUCUCAAAGAACCGCGAGACUGAUGAGUACGACAUUAUCGCCUCGCGGAUGUACCUGGUGGCACGGACGACGGAGAAGAAGCGAGAGGAGGUGGUGGAGCUUCUGGAAAAGCUUCGUCCAUUGAUGCUGAUCAACAGCAUCAAGUUCAUUGCCUUCAAUCCCACAUUUGUGUUCAUGGACCGCUACAGCUCCUCUGUCAUAUCGCCCAUCCUGACCUCAGGCUUCAGCGUACUCACAAUCCUCAUCCUCACUUUUUUCCUUGUCAUCAACCCGUUGGGGAACUUCUGGCUCAUCCUUACAGUUACGUCCGUGGAGCUGGGCGUCUUGGGUUUGAUGACCCUCUGGAACGUUGGCAUGGACAGCAUAUCAAUCCUGUGCCUUAUUUUUACCCUCAACUUCGCCAUGGAUCACUGUGCACCACACCUGUACACUUUUGUGCUGGCCAACGAGCACACGAGGACGCAGUGCAUCAAGUUGGCACUGGAGGAGCACGGGGCGGCCAUCCUGCAGAACGCAUCCUGCUUUGUGAUCGGGAUCAUGCCCCUGGUGUUUGUGCCUUCCAAUCUGACCUACACACUGUUCAAGUGCUCCCUCCUCACGGCAGGCUGUACUGUGCUGCACUGCUUUGUCAUUCUGCCCGUCUUCCUGACCUUCUUCCCGCCAUCCAAAAAGAGACACAAGAAAAAGAAACGGGCCAAGCGCAAAGAGCGGGAGAGGGAGAGGGAGCGGGAAAGGGAAAGAGAACGGGAGGAAAUAGAGUGUAUUGAAGUCAGGGAGAAUCCUGACCAUGUGACAAACGUCUGA